UCUGAUCCCCGUUCUCUGACGUCACCACUAAGCAUUACCUCAUCGGUGUGAAACGCCAGGGGGGGCGGUGCGCCUCGUUAGUGACGUCAUGUCACCCCUGCUUGUUCACCGCCAAUAUCUGUUCCGGUAUAGUCCUUAUUUGGGCAAAGCUACGCCCAGUGACUGGCGGCUCAUUAACAUAAUCUACGAACUAAGCUUUGGUGACUGCAGGAAUUGCUCAUUGGUUAUUUCGGUAAAGAAAUUAAAUAAAAAAUAAAAUUAACAUAAUAUAUUCGUUAAAAGCCGUCGCGAGUUUGUUUUUAUUGCGACGGGUUCAGCACCCACGCCCCAUCAUCCCUCGACGCGUGACUUUACCGAAAGAGCCAAUGAGUGUACAACGAGUUGAGUCAUUCCAGCAGUUGACGAAAGCUUCAAUUCUCGAAUAAGUUAUUCAGUUACCCAGCCCCGCUCGUUGGGGGCGUGUCUUGUACCCCGGAAGUGAAUAUUACGUCACAUCCUGCUGCCCCCGUAACGUAGCGAGGUAACGAGAAGCUGCCGUUGAAAUCCGAGGCCGUGGAUUCAUUCAAGACAAGAAUCCAAGUCUCGGGCGAAGCCAGGUAGUAAACUGUCGCUUCCUCUGACGCUUCCUCAGCAGAAUUGGUCUGAUGGAGCACAGGCAGUCAGCGCGGCUCGGUACGGCAAGGCAACAAUGGGACCAGCGUGCAUACAGCACGGAUCGGACUGGAAGUUUGAAACAGUACCAGAAAAAACACACGGGAGAGAAACCCUUCAAGUGCACUCUGUGUGAGAUGGCGUUUGCAAAUUCAUCAACUCUUCAAAGACACCAGAGAAAACACACGGGAGAGAAGCCCUUCAAGUGCACUUUGUGUGAGAUGGCGUUUGCACAUUUAUCAACUCUUCAAAGACACCAAAGAACACACACGGGAGAGAAACCCUUCAAGUGCACUCUGUGUGAGAUGGCGUUUGCAGAUUCAUCAACUCUUCAAAGACACCAGAGAACACACACGGGAGAGAAACCCUUCAAGUGCAGAGUGUGUGGGAAGGCAUUUUCAGAUUCAUCUAAUCUUGCAACACACCAGAGAACACACACAGGAGAGAAACCCUUCAAGUGCACUCUGUGUGGAAUGGCGUUUGCAGAUCCAUCAAGUUUUCAAAGACACCAGAGAAAACACACGGGAGAGAAGCCCUUCAAGUGCACUAUGUGCGAGAUGGCGUUUGCAUAUUUAGCAACUUUUCAAAGACACCAGAGAAAACACACGGGAGAGAAACCCUUCAAGUGCACUAUGUGCGAGAUGGCGUUUUCAGAUUUAUCAACUCUUCAAAGACACCAGAGAAAACACACGGGAGAGAAACCCUUCAAGUGCAGUGUGUGUGGGAAGGCAUUUUCACAGUCGUCUUAUUUUGCAACACACCAGAGAGCACACACAGGAGAGAAACCCUUCAAGUGCAGUGUGUGUGGGAAGGCAUUUUCACAGUCAUCUUAUUUUGCAACACAUCAUAGAACACACACAGGAGAGAAACCCUUCAAGUGCAGUGUGUGUGGGAAGGCAUUUUCACAGUUAUCUGAUCUUGUAAGACACCAGAGAACACACACAGGAGAGAAACCCUUCAAGUGCAGUGCGUGUGGGAAGGCAUUUUCACAGUCAUCUGAUCUUGCAAAACACCAGAGAACACACACAGGAGAGAAACACUUCAAGUGCAGUGUGUGUGGGAAAGCAUUUUCACAGUCAUCUGAUCUUGCAAAACACCAGAGAACACACACAGGAGAGAAACCCUUCAAGUGCAGUGUGUGUGGGAAGGCAUUUUUAUGGUCACAGCAUCUUGCAAGACACCAGGGAACACACACAGGAGAGAAACCCUUCAAGUGCAGUGUGUGUGGGAAGGCAUUUUCACAGUCAUCUAAUCUUGCAACACACCAGAGAACACAGAAGCAUCAGAAGAGCCACAAGGAGUGGAGUCUGAAAUCAGCUUGUGAAAGUCAAAGUGCCGUAAAGAGCCCAUCCCUCAUGAAACAAGUACCGGGAGAAAAUCCCAGCUUGUGCACUUUUAAAGGUAUCAAGGUGGAAUUUGAAGAGGUGAUUGUGAAAUGUGAAGAGGUGACGGUGAAGAGCGAAGAAGUGAAGGUAGAAUGUGAAGAUGAAGAUUCGACUCCAAAAUGGGACCUUCACAUCGAUGGAGGCAACGUGAAGCAGGAGGGGAAUUCUGACUGUGAGGCAGAGAUGUGUAAGCUUGAGACGAUGUCGCUCCCAAUAGAUGCACCUUUGUCACAGGCCUUUAAUGAAAAUAAUUGCCAGUGGGCAAACAUACAAAAUCAGCAGGGGAUCAAAUACUUUUUUCCCUCGCUGUAUACCAAGUUUGCAGUCGAUACCACAUUGGAAAGUGGGUUAAAUGGAGUUGCAAGAUUUGAGGAUAACAACAACGACAACAAUGACAACAACAACAACAGACAAAUUGGUCUGAUGGAGGACAGGCAGUCAGCACGGCUCGGUACGGCAAGGCAACAAUGGGAUCAGCGUGCAUACAGCACGGAUCGGACUGGAAGUUUGACACAGCACCAGAAAAAACACAUGGGAGAAAAGCCCUUCAAGUGCACUCUGUGUGGAAUGGCGUUUGCAGAUCCAUCACCUUUUCAAAGACACCAGAGAAGACACACAGGAGAGAAACCCUUCAAGUGCAGUGUGUGUGGGAAGGCAUUUUUACAGUCACAACAACAUGCAAAACACCAGAGAACACACACAGGAGAGAAACCCUUCAAGUGCAGUGUGUGUGGGAAGGCAUUUUCACAGUCACACCAUCUUGCACGACACCAGAGAACACACACAGGAGAGAAACCCUUCAAGUGCAGUGUGUGUGGGAAGGCAUUUUCACAGUCAUGGGAUCUUGCAAUACACCAGAGAACACACACAGGAGAGAAACCCUUCAAGUGCAGUGUGUGCGGGAAGGCAUUUUCACAGUCACACCAUCUUGCACAACACCAGAGAACGCACACAGGAGAGAAACCCUUGAAGUGCAGUGUGUGUGGAAUAGCGUUUGCAGAUCCAUCAAAUUGUCAAACACAUCAGAGAACACACACAGGAGAGAAGCCCUUCAGGUGCACUUUGUGCGGGAAGGCGUUUGCACGGUCACAACGUCUUAAAGAACACCAGAGAACACGGAAGCAUCAGAAGAUCCACAAGGAGUGGAGUCUGAAAUCAGCUUGUGAAAGUCAAAGUGCCGUAAGGAGCCCAUCCCUCAUGAAACAAGUACCGGAAGAAAAUCCCAGCUUGGGCACUUUUAAAGGUAUCAAGGCGGAAUUUGAAGAGGUGAUUGUGAAAUGUGAAGAGGUGACGGUGAAGAGCGAAGAAGUGAAGUUAAAAUGUGAAGAUGAAGAUUCGACUCCAAAAUGGGACCUUCACAUCGAUGGAGUCAACGUGAAGCAGGAGGGGAAUUCUGACUGUGAGGCAGAGCGAGGCAACUCACAGCAGUUUGUGGAAGUGGAGGUGUGGGUGGACUUCCUCGGCAAUACAAAGUCAAAUGGAGACCCGUUAGAUUUCAUCUGCAGAAUUGGUCUGAUGGAGGACAGGCAGUCAGCGUGGCUCGGUACGGCAAGGCAACAAUGGGAUCAGCGUGCAUACAGCACGGAUCGGACUGGAAGUUUGACUCAGCACCAGAAAAAACACACGGGAGAAAAGCCCUUCAAAUGCACUCUGUGUGGAAUGGCGUUUGCAGAUCCAUCAACUUUUCAAAGACACCAGAGAACACACACAGGAGAGAAACCCUUCAAGUGCAGUGUGUGUGGGAAGGCAUUUUUACAGUCACAACAUCUUGCAAAACACCAGAGAACACACACAGGAGAGAAACCCUUCAAGUGCAGUGUGUGUGGGAAGGCAUUUUUACAGUCACAACAUCUUGCACAACACCAGAGAACACACACAGGAGAGAAACCCUUCAAGUGCAGUGUGUGUGGGAAGGCAUUUUCACAGUCAUGUGAUCUUGCAAAACACCAGAGAAGACACACAGGAGAGAAACCCUUCAAGUGCAGUGUGUGUGGGAAAGCAUUUUCACAGUCAUGUGAUCUUGCAAGACACCAGAGAACACACACAGGAGAGAAACCCUUCAAGUGCAGUGUGUGUGGGAAGGCAUUUUUACUGUCACAACAUCUUGCAAGACACCAGAGAACACACACAGGAGAGAAACCCUUCAAGUGCAGUGUGUGUGGGAAGGCAUUUUCACAGUCGCCUAAUCUUGCAAAACACCAGAGAACACACACAGGAGAGAAACCCUUCAGGUGCACUCUGUGCGGGAAGGCGUUUGCACGUUCACAACGUCUUCAAGAACACCAGAGAACACAGAAGCAUCAGAAGAUCCUCAAGGAGUGGAGUCUGAAAUCAGCUUGUGAAAGUCAAAGUGCUGUAAGGAGCCCAGCCCUCAUGAAACAAGUACCGGGAGAAAAUUUCAGCUUGGGCACUUUUGAAGGUAUCAAGGCGGAAUUUGAAGAGGUGAUUGUGAAAUGUGAAGAGGUGACGGUGAAGAGCGAAGAAGUGAAGGUAAAAUGUGAAGAUGAAGAUUCGACUCCAAAAUGGGACCUUCACAUCGAUGGAGGCAACGUUAAGCAGGAGGGGAAUUUUGACUGUGAGGCAGAGCAAGGCAACUCACAGCAGUUUGUGGAAGUGGAGGUGUGGGUGGACUUCCUAGACAAUACAAAGUCAAAUGGAGACCCGGUACGCUUCCUCUGCAGAAUUGGUCUGAUGGAGCACAGGCAGUCAGCGCGGCUCGGUGCGGCAAGGCAACAAUGGGACCAGCGUGCAUACAGCACGGAUCGGACGGGAGAGAAACCCUUCAAGUGCACUCUGUGUGAGAUUGUGUUUGCAGAUUCAUCAACUCUUCAAAGACACCAGAGAAAACACACGGGAGAGAAGCCCUUCAAGUGCACUCUGUGUGAGAUGGUGUUUGCAGAUUCAUCAACUCUUCAAAGACACCAGAGAACACACACGGGAGAGAAACCCUUCAAGUGCAGAGUGUGUGGGAAGUCAUUUUCACAGUCAUCUAAUCUUGCAACACACCAGAGAACACACACAGGAGAGAAACCCUUCAAGUGCAGUGUGUGUGGGAAGGCAUUUUCACAGUCACACCAUCUUGCACAACACCAGAGAACACACACAGGAGAGAAAUCCUUCAAGUGCAGUGUGUGUGGGAAGGCAUUUUCACAGUCAUGUGUUCUUGCAAUACACCAGAGAACACACACAGGAGAGAAACCCUUCAAGUGCAGUGUGUGUGGGAAAUCAUUUUCACAGUCAUCUGAUCUUGCAACACACCGGAGAAAACACACAGGAGAGAAACCCUUCAAGUGCAGUGUGUGUGGGAAGGCAUUUUUACAGUCACAAAAUCUUGCACAACACCAGAGAACACACACAGGAGAGAAACCCUUCAAGUGCAGUGUGUGUGGAAUGGCGUUUGCAGAUCCAUCAAAUUGUCGAAAACAUCAGAGAACACACACAGGAGAGAAACCCUUCAGGUGCACUCUUUGCGGGAAGGCGUUUGCACGGUCACAACGUCUUAAAGAACACCAGAGAACACGGAAGCAUCAGAAGAUCCACAAGGAGUGGAGUCUGAAAUCAGCUUGUGAAAGUCAAAGUGCCUUAAGGAGCCCAUCCCUCAUGAAACCGGAAGAAAAUCCCAGCUUGGGCACUUUUAAAGGUAUCAAGGCGGAAUUUGAAGAGGUGAUUGUGAAAUGUGAAGAGGUGAUUGUGAAAUGUGAAGAGGUGACGGUGAAGAGCGAAGAAGUGAAGGUAAAAUGUGAAGAUGAUUCGACUCCAAAAUUGGACCUUCACAUCGAUGGAGGCAACGUGAAGCAGGAGGGUAAUUCUGACUGUGAGGCAGAGCGAGGCAACUCACAGCAGUUUGUGGAAGUGGAGGUGUGGGUGGACUUCCUAGACAAUACAAAGUCAAAUGGAGACCCGGUAGAUGUGUAAGCUUGAGACGAUGUCGCUCCCAAUAGAUGUACCUUUGUCACAGGCCUUUAAUGAAAAUAAUGUGAAGUAGAACAUUGAAAUCCUAGGUUCAACCUGCAGGGUAAGAGCGGCCAGUCUUGGUGGAUCCGUGGGUUGGGUAGAUAUCUCACCAGGAGCCUCGGUGAUUCACACUGAACCCUUUGGGAGCCUUCGUCUGGCUCUGUGAGCCUCAGUGAUUCACACUGAAGCCUAUGGGGGGAGCCUUAGUCUGGAUCUGUGAUUCUCAGUGAUUCACACUGAAGCCUAUGGGAGCCUUAGUCUGGCUCUGUGAGCCUCGGUGAUUAACACUGAACCCUAUGGGAGCCUUCGUCUGGCUCUGUGAGCCUUAGUGAUUAACACUGAAGCCUAUGGGAGCCUGAGUCUGGCCCUGUGAGCCUCAGUGAUUGACACUGAAGCCUAUGGGAGCCUGAGUCUGGCUUUGUGAGCCUCGGUAAUUAACACUGAACGCAAUGGAUGGGAGCCAGUGACAUGCGGUGAGGUCAGUGGCUGGGGAGGCACCGGGGGCGUGGCCUCACCAAGGGGGGACGUGUCUGACACGCCCCCCCUUUAGUGAGGCAGAUGUGAUAGCUGCCUCCCCUGGUGCUUUUUCAUUGCAGUUUCAUGACGAGACCAGCGAGCCUACGUGUCUUUAUACACAUACAGAAGAACCUGUGGUCACGAACGCUUCUGACCACGACCAAAUUGGGUUCCGACCAAAACAUUUAAAACAUUUUUUAAUCUGGUCACGAACACAUACUCCGGUGGCGAUCAAACACGGCCGCGGCCGAUUUCCCCUUCCGUGCCAUUUUUGUUGUUGAAUUACACAAAGCGUAACAGUUAUGUAUAUAACUUUUGCUAUAUAAGAUUCCUAGUAAGAUAUAAAUUGUGUGAGUGUAGCCAUACCCCUCCCCUCUCAUUCAAGCCAUAAUUUAGAGAGCGAAAGCGCCGAGUACGUAAAUCGCUAACAUAAGAACCCGUUAAUCUCUUCUCGCAUCAUUCAUACGAUGAUGCGGUGAAGUAAACGUUCAUACGAUAUUACGGUGAAUGCUUCCAAAAACAUUACUGUACCCAAAUAUUACUGUUAACUUUCAAUAGAAACAUGAAUUGCUCAUACGAAUAUUCUCUCAGAAUCGACCGACUGAUGUAGCAGACGAAACAGUAAUCUUGUUGAACGAUUCUAAACCUUGUCGCGGCAAUGUUAGUUUUCUCUGUUCAAGGUUUUCUCAGUGUUAUGCAAUGUUUUUACAUUUAGUUUACUAUUACACUGAAUUCUAUGGCAUACUUAACUAUUUUUGCACUUAAAAAUCUUUUUAAAAAUAUGUAUAUACAGUUCGUAGGAGUCUGGAACGGAUUAAUCGUUAUUACAUAAAUCCAAUGGGGAAAUUAGGUUCGAGUCACGACCAAAUCGGGUUGAGACCAAAGUUAUGGAACGAAUUAGGGUCAUGACCAGAGGUUCUACUGUUCUUGAACUAAGUUACCCGGACCAUGGAAGGCGAGAACAUGGAAUGAAGGGGUCUACAAACAUUGCAUUGGUGACAUGCUGAGAUAGUAACAGGCACGCCCUUACUCCCCGCGUUCCAUCCAGUGUCUGAGGGGUGCAAUCGGAGAGGAGGCUGAGCGCGUCGCUGCCUCACCUCUCGUCUCUCCCUGUACUUGCAGCGAAGCUCCGCAAAUUUGGCGAUUUUGACUAUAAAUAAGUAAUUAAGAAUUUUUUUUUUUUAAACACGCUUUUAUGAAAUUGUUGGAAAGGGGCCGUCCAUAAAUGACGUCACGCACCUGGGGGGUGUCAGACAUUUGUGACAAUGUGACGAGGGGGUGUGGGGGUUGAGAAAUAUGACGUCACAUCAAAAUGCGCAACUUUAAAUAAAUAUAGACAACAUGUUCUACUUAAUUAAAUAGACUUUUUAAUAAAUGUUUUCUACAACAUCAGAGUGCAGCGCCACAUUAAAUACGCACGACAAUGACGAUAGUUUAAAGCGAUU